AUGAGUUCUGACCCUGAAAUCAAGGAGAUAACCAUCUCCUCGAACGCGGACACCGAGAUCCUCAUCAAAGAAUACACCAGGGAGUGGAUCGGUGAUAAGGAGAUAAUAAAAUGCGUUUUAAUGAAAGUCGAGCGCAACAAGCUACACGAAACUCAAUACUUUCGAGCAAUGUUUGGUCACGCUCGCUGGCUUGAGUCCGGAAGUCAGAAAAUUUCCCUGGAGGAGGACAACUGCACGGGCAUGGAAGUUCUCCUGCGCAGCCUUCACGGCACCCUCGAUGACAUGCCUCUCGAUUCGGUUACUGUUGCCGGGACGUGGCACGUUAUAAUGUCCUGCGAUAAGUACAACGUUGAUCAGAAAAGUUUGAGUUCUUGGUUCAAGGCCUGGUGGGAACACGAAAGCCAGAAGCGGAUCAACAUAGAUAACUACAUUCGGUUUUCGAGGGAAUUGAUGUAUCCGUGCUUCGUCUUCGGCAAUGCCCCUGCUUUUAUGGCGGUCACCAGGAAGCUGGUCUACGGGUGUGUAGGCCAUAUAACCGAACAUAAUCCCACCGAUAUAUCAAGGAUGCACCUUCCCCCGCGCAUCAUCCAACAGCUCAAUGCAGCCCGUGGGCGCUUACGCAACAUCCUCCAUAGAGAGCUGCACGAUCAAGUGGCCACUAUCCUCAAGCAUGGAAAUUGUGAGUGCAAAGAACUCACUGUCUUUGAAUACUUGCGGGAACUGGCCAGGAUAAAAGUUUGGCCGUUGGAGGAGUCCAUGAGAACCGACAGUAUUAAGAAGAUGCUCGAACGACUGCGUUUGUUUGAUGCGACGAAAAUGCGAAAGCUUACGGACCCUCAGUCUGGAAAAGUGAGACCGUGCUUUCGUUGUAACACAGCUUGGGGUGCUAUUGUUUUGCGGGCAGCCAAAACAGUAGCAGAGUACUUUGAUGGUCUCUGCCUAGAUUGUAUGGACCUCAGUAAAGAUCUACGGUCAGAUGGUGACAGAGAUGAGGAUUACUGGAAGCAUAAUGAGUUGAAGAAGUGGGAUACCGGUUGCCGGGUGAAACAUGGGGAGCCCACAUGGUACUUUAGUUUCAUGGGGCGCAGGGAAAAGCGCGGCCUUAUCGGGGACUUGUGA